UGACGUGCCAAAUCCACUAGGGCGAAAAGCGCGAGCGGGAAAAUAGCGGGCCGCUUCGGGACGUCGCUCGCCUUGUUUCGCCCUUCCCGUGUGUGCUGCGUUUUCUGUGUGCGUCUUGAUCGUAGUCGUGCAUUUGCGAUGAAGAGGACGAACCCUUUCGCCGACGACGUCCCCAUACAGAGCAAAUUUUAUGCGUCAGAAAGAGAAGUGGAAAAGAAUUGCGAAAAGCGAAUGUCGGCCGUGUACUCUAAAACGUUGAGGAUGCUGUACUCUGCCUCGCAUCAGCGCCUUGAAACUGCAAAGCCUCAUCAGGGAGGACAGGCGAACGAAGCCACUGCAAUGGACACGCAAAACCAGCAGUGUAGUGCGUGCCAUCGAAAGUGUACGACCAUGACAAGUUGUGCCUUCUGUGACCGGCCGUCAUGCGACUCUUGCACUCGGCUCUGCGCAUCGUGCGAGAAGGUUUACUGCACCCUCUGUUCUGUGCUAAGAUAUACUCAACAUGGCGAAUAUGCCACAUGCCUCUCGUGUGGAAGCUAGAUUGCCUGAAAAUUGGAGAUGCUCUGUAAAUUGUGUAAAUAUCUGCAACUAUUGGACUGCUACUUAGUCUCGAGAAUCCUGUUAAAAUUGCAUGAUUAUGCUGAACCGUUGAACACUGUCACCAUACUGUCGAGCUAAGUCCCGGUGUCUUUAACCUUCUCUAGUGCAUGCAACAGGCGGGCGUAUGACACCAAGCUUUGCAGGUUGGGGACAGCACACCUGUUAUGUUGUGUUUUGCAGUGUGUUAUUUUUAUCUGUAAACUGUUGUUCUGAAGUGCCCGUUUGCCUUUUAAUUAAAUUAUUCUUGCAAUGAAA